ACAAAUUACUACUAUUAUCUUAUAUUCCCGACUCUCCUUUUCACUUUUCCCUCAAAGCCACCAUUUCAUAAAUUGUCUCAGAUCUCGCUUUGUUUUGAAUUGAUCCAUACGAGUGGCAGACAUCCGUGCGUCUGUCACUCUGCCUAAUCUCUUCCAACCAUCCGGUUUAUCUCUCCGCAGCUGCUCUGGCGGUCUCUUCCUCAGAGCUUUGCAGCUGCCCCUCGUUCCUCUUCCUCCUCCUCCUCCUCUCCUCCUCUCCUCUUCCUUCGCUCUGCGGCAUCUCCAAGACUCCUCUCAUCAUCUACUUCGUCAGCAGCAAGGCUUCGCAGAUCAAGAAACUGGGAUUCUCAAUACGUAAUUGUUCGCCUUCCUUCUGGUGAACACGUCAUAAUGUCUUCCGCCGACGCUGCAUCGCUCUCUUCGGGCGAUGAGGAUUUGGGUUCCAGGACGCAGCAGAGCCCUCUGGCAUCACAGAGAGCUCAGCAGCAGUCUAGGACAUACUUCCCCUUGGGCUACAAGGCUGGCUUCAGCCAAUGGUGGGCAAAUAUUCCCGCAGCUGUCGCAGAGCAUAGAGUGCUCUCGUUUAUUCCCCAUCUCCAGGCGCCUCCAACCCAUACCAAAACUGGAUCCCAACCGGCUUCUCCCGACAGACCACCAAUGGUGGUUGACGAUGACCAGUCCCAGAACGCCGAGCCUGUAACAACUGCAUCUAACACCGACCCAUAUGGCCCACGAAGAUGGGCCUCGAAUCUUGUCACUUUGAGCGGCAAGAAUCGCGCUUUGAACGAGUUUUCAGUAGAGCGCAUUGGGGAGGACGUUGAGCAAAACCUCGUCAUGCUCCAUGGAUACGGCGCGGGUCUUGGAUUCUUCUACAAAAACUUUGAAGCCCUUAGCCGCGUCCAGGGAUGGAAAGUCUACGCCCUGGACAUGCUCGGAAUGGGGCGGAGUAGUCGGCCACCGUUCAAGGUGCACAGCAAAGACAGCCAGGGCAAAAUUACCGAGGCAGAGAACUGGUUCAUUGACGCACUCGAAGAAUGGCGCAUUCAAAAGAAGAUUGACCGAUUCACGCUGCUCGGUCACAGCAUGGGUGGUUACAUGGCCGUUGCCUAUGCGUUAAAGUAUCCUGGACACGUCAAUAAGUUGAUUCUCGCAUCGCCCGUCGGCAUUCCCGAGGAUCCUUAUGCCGUAAAAGCAGAUAUGCCCGAGCCGAACGCUUCGACGAUGAACAAUGAAUUUACCCAGUCUGAAAGCGACAUCAUCCAUGGCUCAAACCCCGAGAUUCCUGACUCCGCAAAGGUCGGCGCAGGUACAGCGGCAGGCGACCAUAACAAUUUUCUCAACGCUCGAUCGUCUUCUGGCCGAGACGCAAAUUCUGGCUCCAAGACCACUCCAUCUGCCCCACGGCGUCCACUGCCCAAAUGGCUGGUGUACCUCUGGGAUUCCAACAUUUCGCCCUUCAGCAUUGUGCGCUGGGCCGGUCCGCUCGGCCCGCGUUUCGUUUCCGGCUGGACCAGCCGUCGCUUCUCCCACCUGCCUUCGAACGAAUCCCAAGCCCUCCACGACUACUCGUACUCGCUCUUCCGCCAACAGGGAAGCGGCGAGUACGCCCUCGCAUAUAUUCUUGCACCAGGAGCUUUCGCUCGCAGUCCCCUGAUCAGGCGUAUUCAGGGCGUCGGGAGACAAUGGAUUGACACUGAUUCUUCCUCUGAAUCUCCGUCCUCAUGUUCGCCAACGUCGUCACCAUCUCCGCCUGCUCAAUCCACCACUGCAUACCCCAACGGAUCAGACGCUCAAAAUCGAGUUCGCGAAAACGGCAUUCCCGUUGUCAUGAUGUAUGGCGAGAAUGACUGGAUGGACAUUGCUGGCGGCUAUGCCGCCGAGCAAAAGAUUAACGAUGAAAAAGCCCGCCUUCUCCGCGAUGCCGAUGCCGAAACCCGCCGCAAAGAUAAUGGCUCCGCCAAAGUCGUCGUCAUUCGUCGCGCAGGCCACCAUGUGUAUCUUGAUGGAUGGGAGCAUUUUAAUCAAGUCAUGUUGGAGGAAAUGAAGGAUGUCUCGAAGCGUGAAGCACAGCGAUGAUAUUCGCGUUUAUUUUUUGGUUGAUAGAGGGCGGAGAGCAUGUUCUGGCAUUAUGAUAUAGAUACCUUUGCUUGUUUCCAUUUCCUUUCCUUCUACCAGCCCAUUAUUUCUUCAAUUCACAUCUUUAAUAAAUUUUAUUGGCUCUGGGUAGCAUCAUAUUUAAUUCGCUCUUUUUCCUUUUCAGGUCUUGCUUUAGACUGCAGACUUCUUUUUAUUUUUCCACCGUUUUUCUUUCAAACAUACUUGAACAUUUCCAUUAUUAUUAAAUCUGUUUAUAUAUCGUCACUUUCAUAUGUCGUGUUUCUUGAGUGUUGAUAAUUAGCAACAUUACUAUAGAAAUUCAUCACCGGUGUUCAUUAC